AGGAAGGGUUAGCACUUAAACAUAGAAGAAAACGGUGAUGGGUCUCGGAGGAUCAUCUGUUUCACGCAUCAACACCAAAGCCUUCUCUUCAUCGUUUCUAAAACCAACAUUAAGAGCAAAUAACCCUCUUAGAGUCGCCGGAGCAUCAGGAGGAAGGUUCACUUGCUUUGACAGGAACUGGUUGAGGAGAGACCUAAACGUGGUGGGGUUUGGGCUGAUCGGGUGGCUAGCUCCGUCGAGUAUUCCGGCGAUAAAUGGGAAGAGCUUGACGGGUCUCUUCUUCGAGAGCAUAGGAAAUGAGCUCGCUCACUUCCCAACUCCUCCAGCUCUCACUUCACAGUUCUGGUUGUGGUUGGUUACGUGGCACUUAGGUCUCUUCAUCUGUCUCACCUUCGGACAAAUUGGAUUCAAAGGCAGGACCGAAGAUUACUUCGAGAGAUAAACCAUUUCUCUAGUUUCAUUUGUAAUAUAUCUUUCUCAUUGUCCCUCUCUUGUGUGUAAUAUUAUUACUCAGUACGAAGCGUUCUUUCUUUGCUAUGUUUGGUGUUUCAUUCAACAUCGACAAAAUUGUUUCUUAAUGUUGAUUAGAAGAAGGUUCGUUCCAUCAA